AUGGCUACAAAGUGCAACUCAAGUAGGGAUGUAAUAAGUGAACUGCCAGCAGAGAUUAAGGAAAGAAUUUUGGAGAGGUUACCCACUCGAGACGCUGCAAGAACUGCUAUACUCUCGACUGGGUGGAGGGAUGUUUGGUUGGGGCUGGGGCGGAUUGUGGUUGAUUCAGACUUGUUACAGUGUGUCCAAAGACGCCAAGGUGAUAAAACCAUAGCUUUUGUGAACAUGAUAAAUGUCAUUCUCUUGCGUCAAGCUGGACCUGUUAAGAAAUUUACUCUAUGCAUUUACUUAUCAAGUCUUCAGCUGCAACAGUCUGAUUUCGAUCGAUGGUUUCUAUUUCUAUCAAGAAAUGGUAUUCAGGAACUUAAAAUCUUCCUAGCUGAUUGGGGCCGCCAUGAAUAUAAAUAUAAGUUGCCAUAUUGUAUACUCACGUGCCCGACAAUUAAGAAAUUAAAAUUGGGCUAUUUCGUUUUUUAUUUGCCAAUAAAGGCCUGUUCUAUAUUCUCCGGUCUCACCUCAUUAGUUUUCGAGGGUGUUAAAUUUAGUGAUGAACUUAAUGGAAUUGUCUACAAAAUUCCUAAUCUUGAGAAGCUGGAAUUUGAUUGUUUUUGUUUUGGGAUUAGUAAUUUUAAGAUUAGAGUUCCAAAACUUGAAAGCUUGUCUAUUACUAGUUGUAUAGGAGCGGCCGAAUUGAGAUGGUUUGCAUUUCAUUUGAAAGCAAUUAAGACUCUUUGCUUGGGUCACUUCUUGUUGUUUUUUAAGCUUGAAGAUUUUGUAUUAGCCCCACUGAUGUUCCCAACUGCAAUAAAUCUACAAGUAAUCAAGCUAUAUAGUUUGAAUUUUGCUAGAGAAAAGCAGUUCACUGUCGCUUUGCAAUUGCUUAAAAAUUCCCCCAACCUAUGUGAACUGGAGAUUAUAGCAUCAUAUUCGACAUAUUUAUUUGAUGACACAAGACUUCCGGAGGAUCACGGUUAUAUUAUUGAUCAAGAUCUAAAGAUGCUCCACACACUAAAGAUUGAAUCAUUUAGGGGAUCCAAAGUGCAAAUGUAUUUUGUGAAAAUGUUACUCUCUAAAUGCCCUGCCUUAGAGAAAGUUGUUAUUCAAGGAUCAGAUGAUCUCAAUCCUUCCGCGGCUCUCAAAAUUUCAAAAGAGUUGUUGCGCUUUCCUCGUGCAUCUCCAAAAGCACAAGUUGUCUACAUGGACUAUAACUUUCGGUAUAAAGUGAUAUCUAUACUGGUGAUGUUAGGGAUUUCUUUGCUUGUACGAAGUGGUGGUUUUGCCUUUGUUGAUAUCUUGAAAUCUGAAGUUUUAGAAGACACUAAUUUUGUAGAUUGGAAACAAAAGGUUGAUAUGUUGCUAUCAUUUUAUGGUUAUAAAGACAUUAUUUGUGUUGAUAAACCUCCUAAAAUGCCUAAGGGAGUAACUGAUGAUCUUGCUGUGAAGGCCAAUAUGAACAAGAAUUAA